UGAAUUAAUUUUGUCUUACAGUUAUCUUCGAUUAACCGGACAAAAGCAUCAGAGGUGAACUGAAUCCAUGAGGCUGACCUAUCAACUUGCAGUUGAAAUUUACGGAUUCUAAUCGUUUCGGAUCCCUCUGCUUCGGUUUCAAUAGCCGUCUAGGGUUUUGAUGUCGUGUAACUGCUUACUGUGGUCGAGUUCUGCUGGCCACGUUUGAUGAAUGCUGUCAUGGAGCAAGGCAAGGAAAAUGACGCAUCAUCUCUGAUAGAGCAGCUUGGUCGUGCAUUUCUUGAACUAGAAGCUCGCAAGGAUGCUUUGGAGGGUAACAUUCAGUGGGAUGAAAUUAAGCAGCAUUUCCAUGGUCUUGAGAUUGCUUUGAAGAAGAAACUUGAAGAGCUUGAAUCUAAGGAGAGGGAUUAUGAAAAGAAAGAAGGAGAAGUGCGUACACAGCUUGCAGAGAGAGAGGAAGAGGUUGCUUCUAAAGAACAAGACCUUUUAGAUCGGGUGCAGGAGCUAAAAGACACUGCUGUUGCUGCCAUUGUAGAGGCUCGUGGAAGUCACCAGGCAACAUCAUUGGAGUCUGUAGAUGAAGGGGAGAACAAAGAUAACAAGGUAAGAAGUUCUUUUGGUGAUGAAAAUUCCCAAGAGGAUGAUUUUCCGUGUAGAUUGGGUGAGAAUGAGGUUAAGCCACGUCCAGAGCUGACACAUUUUUGUGAGCAAAUGGAUGCAAGAGGUCUUCUGAAUUAUAUUGUGGACAAUAAAAAAAAUAUUUCUGUCUUUCGUGAAGAACUGUCUAUUGCACUUGAAAGUGCAACUGAACCAGCCCACAUGGUGCUGGAUUCACUGGAGGGGUUUUACCCCACCAAUGAAACCACCCAACUAGGAGAUAAAAUGGAUGCUGCCCUUCAGGGCAUGCGCAAAUCCUUUAUUAUAAUUAUGGAAGCCUUGGCCACCUUAUUGGCAAGGGCUGAGCCAGAUACUGAUCACCUUCUGAACCCUCAAACCAAGCAGCAAGCCAAGGCAAUUGCUGAUGAGUGGAAGCCUAAGUUGGCUAAAGUCACUGAUGCUGCCAAUAGAAAUUCAUUGGAGGCAGAGGCAUUCUUGCAGCUUCUUGCGACUUUUAGGAUUGCCUCAGAGUUUGAUGAAGAAGAACUCUGCAAGCUUGUUCUUGCAAUUGCUCAACACAGGCGGGCUCCUGAGCUCUGCCGUUCUCUUGGGUUAACUCACAAAGUGCCAGAUUUAGUGGAAUUACUAAUCACUGAUGGGAAACAAAUCGCAGCUGUACAUUUUAUUCAAGCCUUCCAGCUUAAGGAAAGAUUUGCCCCUGUGCCCCUCUUGAAGGCAUACCUUAAGGACCUGAGGAGAAAUUCACAAGGAAAGGUCGGAGGUAGCGUUGCUGGUGAGAAGGAUGACGCUAAUGCUCAAGAGCUUGCGGCCCUUAAAGCUGUAAUCAAGUGCGUCGAAGAAUACAACCUUGAAUCCGACUACCCACUUGAUCCACUUCAGAGGAGAGUUGCUCAGCUAGAUAAAUUGAAGACAGAUAGAAAGAGAGGUGGAGAAUCCAGCAAACGUCAGCAACCAAAGAAGCCAAAGGCCAAUGGAGGAUAUUUCACAUUCCGUCCAUCAGCUGCUGGCAGCGCUGCAGCAUCUACCAUUUUAGGUAGGCGGCUUCCGCCUGUUAGAGGAGCGUAUUCAGGGAUUCCGGGCCAGUAUCCUCAUGCAAGCGCUAUUACGUAUGGAUAUGAUUAUCAAGUUCCUGGCCAAUCCAUAUACUCGCAGCAGGUAAAUGACCAAAGAUUGCCCUUUUAUCCUCAUGAUGAUAGGGUCGCUGCUCCUUCUAAUUAUGGUAGCUACAUGGGUGGUAGCAGUGGUGUCCAAUCAUCUCACCAACCUUAUAUGUAAUUUCGAGUUUCAAGCUUUGUGCGAACUGGGAAGGAAAGCCAGGAGAGAUGGGAGGUUGAGCCUUUGGUUGUUUAACAUCUUUCGGCCGUGUGCCUUCUCUGCUCUAACAUCUUUCUGGGUUUCUAAUGUUUAUUUACUUUAGGAAAAAUAUUUUCUUGGCCUGUGCUUUUAUAUCUACUCUCAUGGUAAGAGAUAACGCUGUUAUGCCCAUAAUAGUAUGAAGUUAAGAGUGAAAGUUUCCGGUAGGAACUACUGAAGCGUUGGUUUUGGGAGGGGGGGGGGGAUCUUAGAUAUAGGUAUUUACUAUUUUUCAUUUAUAUUCUACCUAUUUAGACAAAUUCGAAGACUGGAGUUUAGAAUUACAUCACCCUUACCUCUCUGUCUCAUCUUCUCUUCAUCAAGACACUAUUUGCUAUCAUGUUUCACCUAUAUUUUAAUAGAGAUACAUAAUUCAUGGACUCUAGCA